AUUAGAUUGAUUCUCUUUAUUUAAAGCCCAAAAAAAAAAAAAAGAUUAAUAUUUUAAUCGAGAUUCGAACACCUUUUAUGAGAGCUAAUGCUGUUCCUGUGCAUGUGACUUUGUUCUUCCCCCAUCUUUUGGUUCAAAAGGUUUAAUUUUCUUCUUCUUUCACCAUGUUAGUGUUAGGCAGUAACAGUACCAAAAUUUUCAAUCUCCUAGCUAUAAAUAGCAGACAAUCUAGUAUUACUUUCAUCUUGCAAUAUAUAUAUGCUUCUCCUCCGACUGCCCCAUAGUAUCGUCACAAGCAGGUGGACUUUCAGAGCUCUAAAAGCCUUAUAGUCCCUGACGUACAACAAAAAGGAAAGGCCCUUAUCCUUUGCUUUUCUUUGCUAUUUUACAAUGGCUGGCACAGAAGCCUCAUCGCCGUGCAAUUCUGAUUCAGACCUUGUAAAGCCAACAACCCCUUUAGUCGCUUUCCUAGAACGACUCCAACAAUUGGCAUUCGAAACCUUUGGAAAAUCCAACUUUGACCCAAAACUAUAUGUCGAUUUGUCUUUGAAAUUAGAUCUAUCAGCCACAAAGGAAGCUUUUGAUCAGCUUCCAAGGUGUGAAAAUGGGUUGGUGUUUGUUCAAGAUUUGAGAGAGUAUAUAGGAAAGUACUUUGAGUGUGCUGGUGAUGAUUUGGUGUGCGUUGAGCCAAAGGACUUUGUCAAGGAGCCAGAGGGGUUCUUGCCUAAUGUGGAGAAUCAAGAAGUAAGAGCAUGGGCAUUGGAGGUGCAUUCCCUAUGGAAGAAUUUAAGCCGAAAAGUUUCCGAUGAGGUCCAGAAACAUCCUGAGUCACAUACUCUGCUUCCCUUGCCUCAGCAGGUCAUGAUUCCUGGUUCAAGGUUUAGAGAGGUCUACUAUUGGGAUUCUUAUUGGGUCAUAAGGGGCUUGCUAGCAAGCAAAAUGUAUGACACAGCAAAAGCAAUUGUGACAAACCUCAUUUCCCUUGCAGAAGAAUAUGGCUAUGUCCUUAAUGGUGCAAGGGCUUACUACACUAAUAGGAGCCAGCCCCCUCUCCUUAGCGCAAUGGUUCAUGAAAUAUACAAGAGGACUGGAGAUUUGGAAUUUGCUAAAAAAUCACUUCCUACACUGAUCAAAGAAUAUCAAUUUUGGAAUUCAGGAAUACACAAAGUGACCAUUGAGGAUGCUCAGGCCUGCACUCAUACUUUAAAUCGAUAUUAUGCAAUGUGGAAUAAACCAAGGCCUGAAUCUUCAAUCAUUGACAAGGAAUUUGCUUCCAAGAUCCCAAAUGAUGAAAAGCAGCAUUUUUUCCGUGAAGUGGCUUCGGCUGCUGAAUCUGGAUGGGAUUUCAGUACAAGAUGGUUGAGGAACCCAGCAGAUUUUACAACAAUGGCCACAACAUCAAUCUUACCUGUUGAUUUAAAUGCAUUCAUCCUGGGGAUGGAACUUGAUAUAGCAUCCUUGGCAGAAGCAGUAGGAGAUUACAACACCUCUAAGAAAUACUUUGAAGCUUCAAGAGUGAGAGAAGAAGCAAUGAGAUCUGUUUUCUGGAAUGCAGAAAUGGGACAAUGGCUUGAUUACUGGCUCAUGAAUAGCGCGUGCAAGGAAGUGGAAAAAUGGCAAGCUCAGAACCAGAAUCAGGAAGCAUUUGCUUCGAACUUCGUUCCUUUGUGGAUUAAAUCAUUUUAUUCAGAUUCUUUUCUGGUGGACAAGGUCAUGAAAAGUCUUAAAAAUUCAGGCUUGCUUUGCGCUGCUGGUGUUGCGACAUCUCUGACAAAUUCAGGGGAACAAUGGGAUUUUCCAAAUGGCUGGGCUCCACUCCAACACAUGAUAGUUGAAGGUUUGGCAAGAUCUGGAUCAACAGAAGCAAAGUUAUUAGCAAAGGAUAUUGCAAUAAGAUGGAUCAGAACCAAUUAUGUUGCUUACAAGAAAACCAGAACCAUGCAUGAAAAAUAUAAUGUGGAAAAGAUUGGAGACUUUGGAGGUGGUGGUGAAUAUGAACCACAGACUGGUUUUGGAUGGUCAAAUGGAGUUGUACUGACAUUCUUGGAGGAUUUCGGUUGCCCCAAAGACCUAAAGAUAGACUGCUGCGAUGCUUAGCAGCCAAACAUGUGCAUUUCAAACACUAUCAUAUCACUUAAUUUACCUAGCAGUUUCAAAAUCAUAUGGCCUUCUGAUUUAAUUCCUUGUAAAAAAAUAGCUUAAAAUUCUCUCUUUCUCUUGAGGGGUUCUAGUUCUACGUGCCACUGGUCCGCUUGUACCAAAUGAUGAUCAAUGUGAUCUUCAUUAGUCACCAUGUUAAGUGAUAGAGCUUCACCUAGCAUAACCCAUGGCAAUGGUUGAAAAGAAAGCAAUCUGCUGUGUACUAUUCUUUCCGUAACAAGAUCUAUAUAUCUGUCAAUCUAUCUAUCAAUCUAUAUGUAUGUAUACAACGUGCUUGUAAUCAAAUUACAUGUCAUUCAUGGGAUAUAUUACCUGAACUACAUGUAAUCGGAUAUUAGCUGACUUACAGCGUUCGUCCAUCGUAGCAAAAUUGUAAACAUACAAAUGUAUACAUCCUUAUUGCAUGUAUUAUUUUAUUUUUUUUA